AUGUUGGAAAGGCCAAGCGAAGAUGAAGAUAUCUCAUUAAUGCGUUUAAAGGAUUUCAAUGAUGAUAUUGUCAAUCGUUUUAAAGCCCUGGAGUCAACUCCUUUACAAGAUUUAAAUUUAAAAAAUUCAAAAGGUCAUUUAUCACCAAAAGAAAAGCAAUUGGAUACAGAGUUGGCAAACUUUUUAAGAAAAUUCACUAAAUUAAAUAAUUCGAUUGACACUGAUGAUAAUGUUAACUCGUCAUCAAAUAAUGUUGUAAAGCCAAUACGAGGUAGAGAGUUCCCAUUCUUGGAACCUUCAGCAAGUGUAAAACCAUAUACGGAGCAAGAAUUAUUUUUAAGACAAUUGAAUCAUUCUUCACAUGUGGCUAAAUUAGGUGCAAAUAUAAGCAAUGUAUAUUUCCCAAGUAACGACAUUCAUAAACCUGUUUCACCACAAGAACUAUCGAUUGCCAAACUUAUGGCAGCUGGUGUACAUCUUGGUCAAUCUACUGCAUUGUGGAGAGCUUCUACUCAACCAUAUAUCUAUGGUGAGUAUAAAGGGAUUCAUAUUAUAGACCUAAACAAAACAUUAUCACACUUAAAGAGAGCUGCAAAAGUAGUAGAGGGCAUAGCAGAAAGAGGUGGUAUUAUUUUGUUUUUGGGUACAAGACAAGGUCAAAAAAGAGGAUUAGAAGAAGCUGCUAAGAGAACCCAUGGUUACUAUGUUUCAAGUAGAUGGAUUCCUGGUACUUUAACAAAUCCUACCGAAAUUUCUAAUGUUUGGGAAAGACAUGAAGUAGAUUUUUUUGAUACUCCAACAGGAAGAGAACUAACUCAAAAUGAACAGAUCAGCAUUGUCAAACCUGAUUUAUUAGUCGUUUUAAAUCCAACUGAAAAUAGAAACGCUCUAAAUGAGGCUAUGCAAGCUAGAGUUCCAACUAUUGGUAUUAUUGAUACUGAUUCAGAACCUUCAUUUGUUACUUAUCCUAUUCCUGGUAAUGAUGAUUCUCUGCGUUCUGUCAAUUUGAUAUUAGGUGUUCUGGCAAAAGCUGGUGAACGUGGUCUAGAGAAUAGAUUACUAAAAGCUAAGGCAGCUGAAAAUGCUGUUGAAUCUGACGUAACAAUUGAAACUGAGGCUAUUGCCUAA